AAACCGACCGAUUUCUCUCCUGAUUACUAUAAAUUCUCCUCCUCCUUCAUCCCGAUUCCUCAUCAAACAUUUCAAGUCAUAAUCAUAAGCUCUCAUCAAUCAAACAAUUGGCAUUAAUUCUCCGAGUUGAAGCUAAAAAUGUCUCUGAUUCCGAGCUUCUUCGGCCGCCGCAGCAGCAACGUGUUCGACCCAUUUUCCCUGGAUGUAUGGGAUCCCUUCGAGGGCUUUCCUCUCUCCACCAACUUCCCCUCCUCUGCCCGUGAAACCAGCGCGGUGGCCAACGCCCGCAUCGACUGGAAAGAGACGCCGGAGGCCCAUCUCUUCAAAGUUGAUGUUCCCGGAUUGAAGAAAGAGGAAGUUAAGGUUGAGGUUGAGGAUGGUGGCAUUCUGCAAAUCAGUGGAGAGAGAAGCAAGGAGCAGGAAGAGGAGAACGACAAGUGGCACCGUGUGGAGAGGAGCAGUGGCAAGUUCUGCCGUCGCUUCAGGCUGCCGGAGAAUGCCAAGCUGGAGCAGGUGAAGGCGGCGAUGGAAAAUGGAGUGCUCACGGUGACGGUGCCCAAGGAGGAAGUCAAGAAACCGGAAGUUAAGGCUAUUGAUAUUUCUGGUUAAGUGGAAAAAUUGGUGGUCGGGUUGUUCUUGAUUUCAAUUUGUAAAGCUUGUGUUAUUAUUUUCGGACACUUUGUAAAAUGUAAUCAAAAACCCGUUUAAUAAGAUUGUGUUUUUAUUUUC